AAGCUUUCAAAUACGUUUUUCUUUGUUAGUGAAAUAUAUCAAUAUUUAUUAACAUUUUAUGGCCAACAGCGGAUUGCUAACAUCUGAAGAAUUAGUAGGCAACAUUUCUGAUACUUCUACCAAUUCGCAAAAUGUUGAACCCCACCCUCUCUCAGAUAACGCCCUUAUGAUAUACAAUAUACAAGAAGCAAAAGAACAGCCACCAAAACCACCGCCAAGUCCUAAAGAGCUGAUUACAGAUUGCUAUAUCUCGGUUUUACCAAAAAUUCCCGAAGAUAUUAACCAUCUAGAAAUUCCUUUUGUAAGGCAAGUUGGAGUGAGAGAUUCCAUAGAAAUGUUAGCUCCGUUUUUCAGUUGUAAUGAUUAUCAAAACAACUUGGUCGAAUUUUGGUUCCUCGAUAUAAUUGUGGAUUGCAUUUGGAAAGUGCAAGACGAAUAUAGGUUUCCAAAUGCGCAGCAUAUUGGAAUGGGUUCUUUUUAUAAUAGAACUUAUCAUCAAGAAAAACAUGACAAGGGAACUAAUGUUACGAAUUAUCGAUGAUGCAAUGGCUAUUGCUGAAGAAUAUAUACAAGCUGGAGGCUCCGAAGAUCCUGUUCCCAGAAACCUUUUUACACUUACUCUGGAAAACGACAGUGAAACUCCAGAGAGUAUUUUAAGUUUAGAUACAUCUAUAUUAACAGAAUCACUAUCGAGUGCAAUCCACUUGAGGCCAUCAAAGCAAUACAUAGUUAUCGAGUGUAAUCAGGAAUAUGAGGUUUUUAAGUUACCGACUAGGGAGCCAAAUGUCGGAUGUCUUUCAUCMUCUGUCGAUUCAGCAUCUGAUAACGAACUCUCUGAAGAAGAAACGUUGCAACCCAUUAGUGUAAAAGAAUCAGAGUCGUCAGUGGAUUUUUGUAAAGUUGAUAUGUCAACGCCUCCCAGAUUAAAGUCGUUACAAGAUUUAACAGCGACGUCGACUGAUAGCUCUGCCUAUGAAUUAAUGCAAAACCAGGAAUCAGACAAUAUAAAAAUUGGAGACUGGCACAAAUUGACCAGAAAAUGUACACCUCCAGUAUGCCCAACUAAAAUAAUUAUGGAAAGAGUAAGUUCACCUGUAAUGGAAGAACAUAAAAACCAAAUGGAAUCGUCACUUGAUCAUACCCCAGACAGCAGUAACGAAAUUGCUCCAACAAAAGAUCAAAUUUUCCAAGCUUUCUACGAGCAUAAUGUAUGGAAUUUAAAAAACGAAUUUAUGACAAAAUUCAAUUUGGGGUGGACUUCAUUGUCCUCUAUUCGAACUAUGAAUAGCCCACUUGCAACAAAAAACGAGUAUAACUUUGAUCACUAUCAGAAAUCUGAGAAAGCAGACAAGGAACGUUUCAUUAAAUCCGUUCUACUUUUAACAGUUCGUCAAAUUGUUUACGAUUACUUCCAACAUAACUUCGCAUUUGACCUGGUAAAAAUAUCUCUUACAACUCCCCAGUUUCUUCUCACUCAGGACGUCAAUAUGGACUGGUAUACUCCAAAGGAAUUUAAGAACGAUUUCAAAAAAUUCCAAAACGACCGAAAAAGGAAAAAACAAAAAAAGAACCCAAAAGCAAAUCUAAAAAAGAUAAAGUCAAAUCUAGUAAAGGAGAUAAGAAAAACACUAAAAACAAAUCGGAUAAAAAAUCCAAGUCGGACAAAAAAUCAAAAACAUCAAAGAAGAGUAAAUCCUCCAAAGAGAAUAAGGGUAAAAAGUUAAGCAAAGAAGAAAAAAAGGAAUUAGAACGACAGAAGAAAGAGCAGGAAGAACAGGAAAAUGAGUUGCUGCGUCAAGCAGAGGAGAAAAUGUACAUGUUUCCUUUAAAAGAAGCCGUUGAUGAUCAGUUUUUCGU